AUGGAGGACUUCAGUCGUCAGGCGGCAGCCGCCCUGGCGGGCCCAGCCGGCGGCCAGCAGCUGGCCGCCGGGGCGGAGGGCGUAGCGGCAGCAGCGGCGGCAGGCGGCCGCACCCUGCUGCAGGGCACCCUGGCUCUCAACACCACCAAUGCGACCAGCCUAAUGGACAUUACGGUGCACCCCUUUGACCUGGGAGGCUACCUAGACCAGCAGCUGACCAUGCUCUGGGUGCUGCAGUGCUCCUUCCUUGUCUUCUUCAUGCAGUGCGGCUUUGCGCUGCUAGAAGCAGGCACUGUGCGAGUCAAGAACACAAAGAACAUCCUGCUGAAGAACGUCAUAGAUGCCUGCGUGUCAACCAUGUCGUGGUGGGCUGUGGGCUACGCAUUCGCCUACGGCCAGUGCGGCGAGAACGGCUUCAUCGGCUACCACGACUUCUUCUCCGCCAGCGCCGGCAGCAACUCGCAGCCCACCUACUGGACCUUCUGGCUGUUUGGCUGGGCCUUCUCCGCCACCGCAGCCACCGUCGUGUCGGGGUCCAUGGCCGAGCGCACCAAGUUCAGGGCGUACCUGCUGUACACCACCUGCAUCUCUGCCUUCAUCUAUCCGGUGGUGGUGCACUGGGUGUGGAGCCCCAGCGGCUGGCUGUCGGCGCACCGCAGGCCCGACUGCGGCUCCGACCAGAAGGUGCCGCUCAUCAGCGGUACCAUGGGCCUCAUGGACUUUGCCGGCUCUGGCGUGGUGCACAUGGUGGGGGGCUCGGCGGCGCUGGUGGGGGCCACCAUGCUGGGCCCCCGCCUGGGCCGAUUCACAAAGGAUGGCCACGUCAUCCAGUUUGACAACUCCAGCCCAGCCAACAUGGCGCUGGGAGUGUUCAUCCUCUGGCUGGGCUGGUACGGCUUCAACGCUGGCAGCACGCAGUGCUUCUACGGCUGCAUGUCGGUGGCUGCGCUGGUGGCAGUCAACACCACCCUGGCGACAGGUGCCGGCGGCCUCACCUGCCUCUUCCUGGCCGUGCUCAACGGCAACCCAGGAGACAUCGGCCCCCUGCUCAACGGCAUCCUGGCCGGCGCCGUCUCCAUCACCGCCGGCUGCGCGCUGGUGCAGUCGUAUGCCGCCGUGAUCAUCGGCGCCAUCGGGGCUCUCAUCUACACCACCUUCACCAAGGUCCUGCUCAAGUUUCAAAUCGAUGAUCCGGUGGAGGCGGCCCCGGUCCACUUCUUCUGCGGCGCAUGGGGCCUACUGUCUGUCGGCUUCUUUGCAACACAGACCUCAACUGAGAUGGCGUACGGCUAUGCCGACGACUGGGGCGUGUUCUACGGCGGCAGCGGCAAGCAGCUGGGGAUGCAGGUGUUGGGCAUCGUCGUCAUCGCCGCCUGGUCCUGCGGCCUGUCCGGCGGAAUGUUUCUGGUGCUGAAAAAGCUCAACUGGCUGCGGGCAGACAAGGAUGCGGAGCAGCAGGGGCUGGACCUGUCGCAAGGCAUCGGCUCCGGCCUGCGCGGCAACUGCUUCCCCUGCCUGCCCUGCUGCAAUGACCUCGGGUAG